UCAAUCGCAAUUUUUAGGUUAGGGUUUUCCCCUGAUUCGAUUCUCUCCCAACUCUCUGCGAAAUUUACUAUGAAUAAAAUUAUCCAAUCAGACAAGCUUGAUUUGAGGGGUACUAAAAGAUGCCUCAGAGACACUCGAAGAACAACAACGAUCUCGCCUUCUUCACCUACGACGAGAAGCGGAAGCUCGGAUAUGGAACGCAGAAGGAGCGACUUGGAAAGGAUUCUAUAAAGCCCAUUCGAUGCCUGUUGUCUCUGCUUGAAACCUUUCAUCGACCCGCUGUGUUGCCAGAAUGGUGGUCAUGUCUUUUGCAAAGAGUGCAUUCUCAAAUGCCUCGUCUCACAGAAGAAACACAUCCAAAGAAAGUUAGCGACCCAUGCUGCUCACAAGAAUUAUUAAACAACAAUUACUUGUUCAUACAUUUCGACAAAGAUACUAAUAUCUCAAUGACAACAACCUUUCUUCAAGGCUGUCUUCCUCUUUCUUCUCCCCACCAAAUUCACAACACUACUUGGACCGAUUUAAAAGACAUUUCUUCCCGCUCCCCACUUCCCUUUCGCGGGGAAUCCUCUCACUUUUCCCCUUCCUUUUUACUCUCCAGUUUGACUGCACAUUCAACUGGACCAUUAUAUAGUAAUAUGCGAAAUUUUGGCAGUCUCUUGUGA